GCGCCGCCGCCCCGCCCCGGCCCGCCGCCUCCGGCCCCAGCCCCGGCUCCGCCAGUGUGGGGAUCCGCCUCCCGCAAGCCGCGCUGCCGCAGCAGCUGCCCCAGCUCCGCUGAAGGUCGCCCUCGGAACGCUCCCCUAGCGCCCCGGGACCAUCCCAGCGGCUCCGCGCACCCCUCGCGCCCCGGGAUCGUUGCCGCGGCCGCCGCCGCCGCCGCCUCCCCGGAGCGCCGGCCCGCGCGCCCGGCUCGCCGCUCCCCGGCACCUUCGGGGGGCCCGCCCGCCCUGCACCCUGGAGCACCGGGCCACGAGCCUCUGCCAGCUCCUCUGGAUCCUCGCGGCCGUGGGCAGCGGCUGCCGCGCCGGUCCGCCCGAGGCAGGACCCUCACCUCUGCAUCUGCCCAGUAACUCUGGCUGUGCCGCCCGGCCCUCGGGUAAGACGGGCGCCCCAGGACCAUGGCCGAGGAAGACCUCAUCUUCCGCCUGGAAGGCGUGGAUGGCGGCCCAGCCUCCCGGGCUGGUGAUUCAGACACAGACAGCGACGAUGAUGAGGAGGGUUACUUCAUCUGCUCCAUCACCGAUGACCCCGGGGCACACCAGAAUGUCAACUUCAAGGUUAAUAACUGCCACAGCAACCUAGCAAAAAGCGAGCGCUACGGCUCCAGUGGGUCCCCGGCCGGCUCCUUCCAUUUCAAGGAAGCUUGGAAGCAUGCAAUCGAGAAAGCCAAGCACAUGCCUGACCCCUGGGCUGAGUUCCACCUGGAAGACGUUGCCACGGAAUGUGCCACGCGCCACAGGUACAACGCUGUCACCGGCGAGUGGGUGGAGGAUGAAGUCCUAAUCAAGAUGGCAUCUCAGCCCUUCGGCCGGGGAGCAAUGAGGGAGUGCUUCAGGACGAAGAAGCUCUCCAACUUCCUGCACACCCAGCAGUGGAAGGGGGCCUCCAACUACGUGGCAAAGCGCUACAUCGAGUCCGUGGACAGGGACGUAUACUUCGAGGACGUGCGUCUACAGAUGGAGGCCAAGCUCUGGGGAGAAGAGUAUAAUCGGCACAAGCCCCCCAAGCAGGUGGACAUCAUGCAGAUGUGCGUCAUAGAGCUGAAGGAGAGACCAGGCCGGCCGCUGUUCCACCUGGAACACUACAUCGAGGGCAAAUACAUCAAGUACAACUCCAACUCGGGCUUCGUCCGUGAUGACAACGUGCGUCUGACACCGCAGGCCUUCAGCCACUUCACGUUUGAGCGUUCCGGCCACCAGCUGAUUGUGGUGGACAUCCAGGGCGUGGGCGACCUCUACACCGACCCGCAGAUCCACACCGAGAGGGGCACUGACUUUGGAGAUGGAAACCUAGGUGUCCGCGGGAUGGCUCUCUUCUUUCACUCGCAUGCCUGCAACCGGAUUUGCAAGAGCAUGGGCCUCGCUCCCUUUGACCUGUCCCCAAGAGAGAGGGAUGCAGUGAAUCAGAACACCAAGCUGCUGCAGUCAGCCAAGACCAUCUUGAGGGGGACAGAGGAAAAGUGCGGGAGCCCCCGGGUGAGGACCCUCUCGGGGAGCCGGCCCCCACUGCUCCUUCGCCUCUCAGAGAACUCUGGAGAUGACAACAUGAGUGAUGUGACCUUUGACUCUCUCCCUUCCUCGCCAUCUUCAGCCACACCACACAGCCAGAAACUGGACCACCUCCAUUGGCCUGUGUUCAGCGACCUCGAUAACAUGGCACCUCGAGACCAGGACCCUCUGGACAACCACCGGGACUCUGAGAACAGUGGGGACAGCGGAUACCCCAGUGAGAAGCGGGGUGACCUGGAUGACCCAGAGCCCAAAGAACAUGGCCACUCGAACGGUAACCGGAGGUACGAGUCAGAUGAAGACAGCCUGGGCAGCUCCGGACGGGUCUGUGUGGAGAAGUGGAAUCUCUUCAACUCCUCUCGCCUCCACUUGCCGAGACCUUCGGCCGUGGCCCUGGAAGUGCAGAGGCUCAACGCUCUGGACCUCGAGAAGAAAAUCGGGAAGUCCAUUUUGGGGAAGGUCCAUCUGGCCAUGGUGCGCUACCACGAGGCUGGCCGCUUCUGCGAGAAGGAUGAGGAGUGGGACCGGGAGUCGGCGGUCUUCCACUUGGAGCACGCGGCCGACCUGGGCGAGCUGGAGGCCAUCGUGGGCCUGGGACUCAUGUACUCGCAGCUACCCCACCACAUCCUGGCGGAUGUCUCUCUGAAGGAGACAGAAGAGAACAAAACCAAAGGAUUUGAUUACUUACUGAAGGCAGCUGAAGCUGGUGACAGACAGUGCAUGAUUCUGGUGGCACGAGCCUUUGACACCGGCCAGAACCUCAGCCCUGACAGGUCCCAGAGCUGGCCAGAGGCUCUCCACUGGUACAAUACUGCCCUGGAGACAACUGACUGUGAUGAGGGUGGGGAGUAUGAUGGGAUGCAAGACGAACCCCGGUACAUGCUGCUGGCCAGGGAGGCGGAGAUGCUGUUCACGGGCGGCUGCGGGCUGGAGAAGGACCCACAGAGAUCAGGCGACUUAUACACCCAGGCAGCCGAGGCAGCGAUGGAAGCCAUGAAAGGCCGGCUGGCCAACCAGUACUACGAGAAAGCAGAGGAGGCCUGGGCCCAGAUGGAGGAAUAACUUGCUGG